CUUGAACUAAUAUCUUUUGAAGUAUUUUUCUCUCAUCUUUUGUUUUUUAUUUCAUUGGAUUUCUGGUAAUUAUGUUGCUCUAUAACAUUCAGGAAGAAAUACAGAUGGUAAAACUUGAUGAGGUUAGUGCAUUCAAGGCAGCAAGUCAGAAGGUUCAGCAUGCUUGUGAGGAGUGUGGCGCAAGUUUCUGGAAACCAGCUCAUCUAGCGCAGCAUAUGAAAAGCCACUCCGUUGAGGAACAGUUUUUACAGGCAUUUGGUUUCUUUAUUGUGAUCUGCCCAAAAAGAACUGUAAAGACAAGCGUGGAAGCAUUGGAUCCCAUGAUGAACUCCAAAAUGCAAAAAGGUGUCAUUUUUUCUUGAUUGGACUAGUAUCAGGUUGGGAGACCUCCUGAGAAGCUCCAUCAU